AUGGACUGGAAAACAUUAAGUUUUUGUUCAUUGACUUUAGAUUAUUUAGUUAUAGUUUAUUUAAAUUUUAGACAAUUAUUUACUUACAAAAAAUUUAUAAAAACAAAUAAAGAAAAUAAAGAUUUAGCAGAAGAAUUAUUACUUUCAAGUCUUAGAUAUAGACAAACAGUAUUUAAAAUAGUUGCAACAAUUUAUAGCGUAAUAACGUAUUUUAUAUUUUUACAUUUUAUUUAUCCAAAAUUAUGGAACCUUUCAAUCGAAAUAACAUCAACAGAUAGUUUAUUAAAAAAUGAAAUUAUUGGAACAAUGUUAUUUUUUGCUUUAAAAGCUUUACUUAAUGUUGUUUUAAAUUUCCCAGUAUCAUUUUUCAGUACCUUUUAUUUAGGUGAUGAUGAAUUAAACUUAAAGGCUUUUAGAGUUUUUGUGCAAGACAAAGCUUUAGCAUAUAUAUUUUCAAUAUUUUUAUAUUUCCCAUUACUCACUUGCUCGAUAUUAAUUAUUAGGUCAUUUUAUACUCAACACUCAUGGAUAUAUUGUACAGUUUUGGAUUUUAUUUAUCAGUUUUUUAUUGAGUUUAUAUACUCACCAAUGGUUAAACCAAUGUUUGUACAAAUGAUAAACCUUCCAGACGGGGAUUUAAAGAAUGAUAUUAUUCAGGUUUGUAAAAAGACUGGUUAUAACACAAAUAGCGUUUUGAUAUCACUAGAUACAGCAGCACAAAAUAGUACACAACAUUUAAAUAUUUAUUGCUCACCAUAUUUUAAAAAACAAGUUAUUAUUCACGAAUCAUCAUUCAAAAAAUAUAGUAAGGAAGAUGUAGUUUCAGCAUUGGCUCACGAAAUAUACCAUUGCAAACAACAUGAUCAAUUAAAGAAUUUAGUCAUCCAAACAUUGAAUAAUGGUUUGUUUUUCUUUUUAUUAAAUCACUUUAUUCAAAGUCCAACAUCGUUUAGUGAUUUUGGUUUUGAAUAUGACUCAUUAUACAUAGGCUACUUGGUAUUCUCUUUUAUAUAUGGACCAAUUCAUCAACUUUUAUUCAAUAUCUUUAGCACUAUUCUCGUUAGAAAUCAAGAGUUUUCAGCCGAUCUUUAUUCACAAACUCAAUUAGGUUAUAACAAUUUAGAAACUUUAAAAAAGAUACUCAAGAUAGAAAAUGGAGAUAAACUAGUCGAUUAUUAUUAUUCAUUAGUAUUCAACAACUAUCCAUCAGUUAUAGAAAGAAUUAAGAAUUUAGAAUUAUUAUUAAAAAAGUCAAAAUAAAAUCCCUCCAAAUUUAAUUUUUAAUAU